AUGAUCUUGCCUCGAUCGCUCCAGAACGAAAUCUCGCGGGCCAGCUACCACCAACGGACAUCCUUCGUCACGCUCCUUCGCCAGUGCGUCAGCUCCAAGAAUCUCGGCCAUGGCAGGCGCUUGCACGAGCAGAUCGUCGAUGCUGGCUUCGGCGGCGACAUCCUCCUCCAGAAUCUCCUCAUCCGGAUGUAUGGAAGCUGUGGAUGCCUCGAGGAAGCCAAGGCGGUCUUCGAUUCGAUCGGGCAGCGCGGCAAUGCCUUCUCAGGCACCGCGAUGAUUUCCGCCUAUGUGAGUCACGGCAAGCUCCCCCAGGCGCGAGAGAUCUUCGACACGAUGCGGCAACGAACCCCAGCUUCUUGGACCGCGAUGAUCACAGCCAACGCGCAGGACCGAAAUAUCGCCGAGGCCUCGAGCCUCUUCGACCAAAUGCCGGAGAAAGACCUCGUCGCCUGGACUGCGAUGCUCACGGCGCUAGCGGACAACGAUCGGCUGCGCGACGCCAGGAUCUUGUUCGAUCUCCUGCCGGAGUGGGACUCCGCGGCCUGGAACGUGAUGAUCGCGGCCUACGCCGCCGCCGAGGACCUAGAACAAUCCCAGCUCCUCUUCGCGGCUCUGCCGAUCAAGAAUGUCAUCUCCUGGACAUCGAUCAUCGCGGCGCACGGAGCCUGUGGCGAGAUCGAUCGCGCGAGGGCGAUAUUUCGGAAGAUCCCUGCGCGCACGGCCGUCUCCUGGACCGUGAUGAUCACCGCAUUAGCCAAUCUAGGGCAUUUGGACGAGGCGAGGUCCGUACUAGAGGCGAUGGGCCACCCAGACGUGCUGGCGUACAAUCUCCUCCUCACGGCCCAUCUCCGGUACGGUAGCCUCGAGCAAACAGAAUCCCUCUUUGAUGGAAUGCUGGAGAGAGACGUGGUUACCUGGAACACGAUGCUCGCGGCAUAUGCUCAGGCCGGGCAUCUUGAUCAAGCCCGGAGAUUAUUCCAGCACAUUCCCGCCAAGAACGUCGUCUCCUGGACCACGCUGCUCGUCGCGCUCUCGCAUAGCGGCAACUUGGGCGGCUCCAAGGACCUCUUUGAUCGAAUGCCCUCGAGAGAUCUCAUUGGCUGGAGCGCAGUGAUCGCGGUCUACUCCCAGAACGCGCAGCUUGCCACCGCCCUGGAGCUCUUUCUCCAGAUGCCCGACCACCGAGGAGUUCCCGCCUGGAACGUUAUAAUCUCCGGCCACGCCCAGAGCGGCCACGCCAAGCUCGGCCUCGAGCUCUUCCACCGGAUGCUCCUUCAUGGCCUGGAUCCAAACCGGAUAACUCUCACCAGCGUUCUAGCGGCUUGCUGCCACACUGGAAACUCGAAGAGCGUCCACGCCUUCUUCCUGUCCAUGACCUCCGACUUUGGCAUCCUUCCAGUCUAUGAUCACUUUCUGUGCAUGGCCAGCCAUCUCGGACGAUCCGGGCUUGUCACCCAUGCCGAGGAGCUGCUUUGCUCGAUGCCGUUCGAGCCGGAUGCCAUCGGCUGGAUCACGCUCCUGGAUGCGUGCGUGCGUCACAAGGACGUGAAGCGCGGCGAGAGAGCUGCUGAUGUCGCCACAAAACUAAGUCCCGGACGAACGGCACCUUACAUCUUGCUCUCCAACUUGUAUGCCGCGGUCGGGGACUGGGCCGGCGUUGCCAGAGUCCGGACGACGAUGAAGGAGCUCGGAAUCGGUACCCAAGAUCCAAAACAAACUUCUUCUUCCUCUUCUUCGUCCUCCAUGGAUUUCCUCCCCAAUCGAGAACUUGUGUUGCACUGA